CUUUGAAUGCUUUUAGAGCAUACUCUGGAAUAGUAAAAAGUGCCGUGUGCCAAGCAAGUCAAUGGCGAACCAGGCAAAACGCCGCAAAGGCAGCCUCAGAGGCAAUCCAGGGGUAUGGUGGACCAAGUUUGGGGUGGCUUCAAUGGACUUCAGCGCCCAGGAAAAGACACACCCAUCUGACACCAUCUUCAAGAACGUGGUGGAGCGAAAAACCUGGGAUCCAGCAGCUAUGAGUCGCGCGCCACCAGCUCGCCUGAAGCCGGCCCCGCAGAUGAGGUAUCCAGCACCCGCAAAGGAGGCCAUGGCACCUCCUAAGGCGCCCCCUGAUCUUGAGAAGAAGCACUGGGCGCAUGAGGUAACACAGCGGCAGGGAGCACUUUGGCAAGCAGAGAUGCGACAGCGGCGGAUCGAUAGUUGGGCAUUUGAAGCGCCCAUCCGCCAAGUGCCGUCCACUUCGAAGCUCACUGAGAUGUGGGCUGAUGCAUCAUUCCGGCCAUCUCCAGUGUCUCCAAAGCUGUCUGAGGCCACCCGUCGAGAGAUGUCGCUGAGUGCGCUGAGCUGUGCCCAGGCGAGCCGCGAGGUAUAUAAGAGGAAUGGCUACGUUCUUGGCCGCACACCUGCACCGCUUCGUUCCAAGUCACUUUCGCUCCAAAGCGUACUUUUUGCUGGAGAAGUUGUGAAGACUUCUCCUGACAAAUUCCGCAGACCGCGAAAGUAUGACAUGGCAUGGAAGGUCAUCCCAGACAAAAGGUUUGUCUUUGACCCCAAGACCUUCUUGCCAGUACCACGAGGUGGCUGGGACAUGAAUGACCCAAGCUGGCCAGACAUUGUGCCAGCAGGCGCCAGAACCUUCAAACCUCUUACUUUUGAGUCAAAGUCUCAAGACGAGGUUGCCACCUUCUGACAUGCAGCUGGCCACAGGCCUCUCAUGGGUCCACUGCUUGAGCUUCCAGAGGGCAGGAGCUUGGCCUCGCCGAGAAGUUUGUCUCACAACCGGCAGCCAAUGAGUUCAACCAAGUUGAAUCGAGUCUGGCCCGGUGAA